CAGCCGAUGAUUCAGACAGGAUGGACAUCUGAAACAUGAUGCAUCAUUAAUUACAUUGAGUAAAACACCACACAGUAAGCGGUCAUCAGCUCGUACUUGACUAGACUGUAUAUUUUUAAGAAAUUUUCUUUUUCAGUUUUCAGCAGCAGCUGAGCUAUUACUGAUUCAUUUUUCCUCAAUCCUAUGGAUCAUAUUGUUUAUCCUGAAGUCAUAUAAUUUCCACACGUUUCAGAUUUGACAGCUGUUCAUUCUAAACAUUUAUAUGCACAUGCUUGAUUUGUUUAGCGCAUGUAUCCAGUUAUAGAUAAGAUAUAGUUAAGUUAUACAUUUUAGAUUUUCUCUGCGUGAGAAAAUGGAGGUGUGGCGUGUGUCAGUUGCGUGAGUCUCACUAUCAACGUGUGAGAGUUGGCAGCCCUGCCCUCCGCAGAUAUUUUGAUAUACAAGUCUAAUUUUCAUAUUUUAUGCAUGGGUACUCUGCUAUUUGGCUGAAUAAACGAGACUGUAAAUGUGCAGCAUGUGUCGGGUGACUUGGUCAUGAUGUUGUGGUAUCUGGUUCUUUACAAAGUCAUUUUUUUCCCUCCUCCCUUUUGGACCCUUAGCUUUUUCGGUGUGACGAUGAUCUCAAGCAUCGAAUUAGACAUGGUUGAAAUGUAUAGAUGUCUGGCAAUAUUUAAUGGUAAAUGUUACAAAUUUCUGUUUUCCUCCAGCGUGAGUGUAUCUCAGUGCACGUUGGUCAGGCUGGUGUCCAAAUUGGCAAUGCCUGCUGGGAGCUUUACUGCCUGGAACAUGGCAUCCAGCCGGACGGACAGAUGCCCAGUGACAAGACCAUCGGUGGAGGAGACGAUUCCUUCACCACCUUCUUCAGUGAGACUGGAGCUGGAAAGCACAGUCCGAGGGCUGUUUUUGUCGACCUGGAGCCCACUGUCAUCGAUGAGGUGCGCACUGGGACCUACCGCCAGCUGUUCCACCCUGAGCAGCUGAUCACCGGCAAGGAGGAUGCUGCCAACAACUACGCCCGUGGACACUACACCAUCGGCAAAGAGAUCAUCGACCUGGUGCUGGACCGGAUCCGCAAACUGGCUGACCAGUGCACCGGCCUUCAGGGCUUCCUGGUUUUCCACAGCUUCGGGGGUGGCACCGGCUCUGGUUUCACCUCCCUGCUGAUGGAGCGUCUGUCUGUCGACUACGGCAAGAAGUCCAAGCUGGAGUUCUCUGUCUACCCAGCUCCCCAGGUGUCCACCGCUGUGGUGGAGCCCUACAACGCAAUCCUGACCACCCACACCACCCUGGAGCACUCGGACUGUUCUUUCAUGGUGGACAACGAGGCCAUCUACGAUAUCUGCCGUAGGAACCUCGAUAUCGAGCGUCCUUCUUACACAAACCUGAACAGGUUGAUCAGCCAGAUAGUGUCCUCCGUCACUGCCUCACUUCGUUUUGACGGUGCCCUCAAUGUUGAUCUGACAGAGUUCCAGACCAACUUGGUGCCAUAUCCCCGUAUCCACUUCCCCCUGGCCACCUAUGCCCCUGUCAUCUCUGCUGAGAAGGCUUUCCAUGAGCAAAUAACAGUGGCAGAAAUCACAACUGCCUGCUUCGAACCAGCAAAUCAGUUUGUGAAAUGUGACCCUCGCCACGGCAAAUACAUGGCCUGCUGCCUUUUGUAUCGUGGCGAUGUGGUGCCCAAAGAUGUAAACGCUGCCAUUGCCACCAUUAAAACCAAGCGGUCCAUCCAGUUUGUGGACUGGUGCCCCACUGGUUUCAAGGUGGGCAUCAACUACCAGCCGCCCACUGUAGUUCCUGGUGGAGACCUGGCCAAGGUCCAGAGGGCUGUGUGCAUGCUGAGCAACACCACUGCUAUUGCAGAGGCCUGGGCUCGGCUUGACCACAAGUUUGAUCUGAUGUACGCUAAGCGCGCCUUUGUUCACUGGUAUGUGGGUGAGGGGAUGGAGGAGGGAGAGUUCUCUGAGGCCAGAGAGGACAUGGCAGCCCUGGAGAAGGAUUAUGAGGAGGUUGGAGUCGACUCUAUUGAGGGGGAGGGAGAGGAGGAAGGAGAGGAAUAUUAAAAGGUGCUAGUUAAACAGGAAACAAUUGAUUUCAUUCCUUACAAUACGUUCCAAAAAUGUACGUCUAUUCACUUCCAGCUUGGCUGUUCAAAAUAAAACUGAAAAUAUUAAGUUAAUGUGAUAGGAAGGGCCAGAGAGGACAUAGGCAGGUUGUUCGUUUGGAGUUCAUUCGAGGGUGAGGAAGAGGAUUAUUGAAAGGGACAAAGCACUAGUUAAACAGGAAACUGUUGCUUCAAAUUAAAUGCAUUCCACUGAAAUUGUCAUUCCAAAAAAUUGUCAAGUUGGUUUGAAAUAAAUUUCCUGUAACAUAAA